UUUUUUUCUCGCAGCGGUGACCACGGACCAAAGACGGCAAAAAGGUAAUCACACCGUCAACAAUACCCCGAACGAAAAACCAUGGCCAACGCGAUCAACAAGCCAAAGAGGCCCAAAUCCAAGCGGCAGCCCGCCCGCUUGCGCCAUAAGAUCGAGAAGGCAUCAGCGGCCAAGCAAAGGAAACAGAAGAAGUUGGCCAAGAAGAACCCGGAAUGGCGCUCCAAGUUGAAGAAGGACCCCGGCAUUCCGAACCUUUUCCCCUACAAGGAGAAGAUGCUCCAAGAGAUCGAAGAGAAGCGCGCCAGGAAACAGGAGGAGGCCCAGAAGCGUCGAGAGAUGGCCAAAGCUGCAAAGACGGGUGCCGCAACGCAAGAAGAAGAGGAUGAUGCGGACCAGAUGGAAGACGCGGACGAGGAUGCCGAGUUCGACGGUGCGGAUUCCGACAUGAUGGUGGACGAGGAUGGCGACGAGGAGGUCGACGAAUCGAAUCCCAUGGCAGCGCUCCUGGCAAGCGCGAGGGCGGCCGCUGAGAAGUACGACCGAGAGUUGCAGGACGACGGCAUGGACGACGACGGCGAUGGCGAUAGUGAGGACGGCCAGCCGCUGGUCGACCCGGCAUUCAAGAACGCCACCUCGCGCAAGGCCUACGACAAGGUCUUCAAACAGGUCGUCGAACAAGCCGACGUCAUCAUCUAUGUGCUCGACGCCCGCGACCCCGAAGGCACAAGAUCACAGGACGUCGAACGCAGCGUCAUGGCCGCCGCCUCCGGAGGCAAGAGGCUCAUCCUCGUCAUCAACAAGAUCGACCUGAUCCCCCCCAAGGCUCUGAAAGGCUGGCUUGCCCACCUGCGCCGAUAUUUCCCCACUCUACCGCUCCGCGCCUCGAACCCGGCCCCCAACGCACAGACCUUCAACCACAAGGACCUGACCGUGCAAAAGACCUCCGCCGACUUGUUCCGGGCCCUCAAGUCCUACGCCGCCAGCAAGCAGCUCAAGAGGGCCAUCUCCGUCGGCGUCAUCGGCUACCCCAACGUCGGCAAGUCGUCUGUCAUCAAUGCCCUGCUGGGGAGGCUAAGCGGAGGUAGGGGAGGCAACCCCUCCAAGGCCUGCCCGGCGGGCGCCGAGGCAGGCGUGACCACCAGCAUCCGCGCCGUCAAGAUCGACAGCAAGCUCACCCUCCUCGACUCCCCCGGUAUCGUCUUCCCUUCGUCGUCGACCUCCACCUCGGCCGGAGGCGGCCUCGUCUCCCUCAAGAACGCCUCCGAAGCCCGCGCCCACCUCGUCCUCCUCAACGCCGUCCCGCCCAAGCAGAUCGACGACCCCAUCCCGGCCGUCACCCUACUCCUGAAGCGUCUCUCCGCAUCCGCCGACCUCAUGCAGAAGCUUCUCGACGUCUACGACCUGCCGGCUCUCCUCCCCAGCGCCUCGUCUUCCGGCGGCCCCGACAUGACCACCGACUUCCUCGUCCAGGUCGCCCGGAAGCGCGGACGCCUCGGCCGCGGUGGCGUUCCCAACUUACAUUCGGCCGCCAUGACCGUCAUCAACGACUGGCGGGACGGUCGCAUCCAGGGCUGGGUCGAGCCGCCGGUCCUGGCCACCACCGACAACGUCUCCUCGACGGCGCCGACGGGAGUUGAUGCGCCCGCUCCGGACCAGAAAGUUAUCGUCACGGAAUGGGCCAAGGAGUUCAAGAUUGACGGCUUGUGGGGAGACGACGGUGAGGGUGAGGCGCCGGAGACUGACGCCAUGGAGCAAUGAUACAUGCUAUGAGAGGGUUUGGGGUUGAAAGACUGUGGGCUCUACUUUACUUUCCGGGUUGAUAGAUACCUUUCCUUUCUUUUGAUCUCUCAGACUGCGUGGUAAGGCGUUAUAAGGUACAAAAAGGGGCCAAUACAUAUGGGAACUUUUGGUUUGAACGACGGUAUACUCGUCUUCAUUUUCAACACAUUGAAUGUUCGCUGUAGCCACAGAUGUUCACAUAAUUAGCCAAACCCUCCCGCUUCUUCCUCUUUGGUUCUCCUCCCCAAGCACAGCUCUUCAAUCGAUUUCUCUGCGCUU